ACUCGCGCGUUAACAUCGUGUAGCUGUGUUAAAAUACUUUUAACAUACAUAAACAAAUGAAAUUCUAAAGCAAAAAAACUCUAUUUGAUUGAUCAAAUAGAACACAUUAACUGGCAGACGCGAGCGACGCGUGCGUGAUUAACUUGAUAUUGAGUACGGGGUAAAACUGCAGAAUUCUACUCCCACUUGGAAAUACAGUGACACGGAUUAUUAGGAUGCAAGGUGAAUGUACAAACAAAUUCAAGCUAGAGUUAAAUUAGAAAAUGAUGUCAAUGAUAACAAUGCAUAACAUAAUUUUUGUACGAACAGAAAGGAGUUAAUGGAGCAGGUGGAAGCCUAGGUUUUUUACGACUUAUGGUUUACUUACAGUUUUUCGUGGCAAUUUAUCUAAACAGGAACCAGCAAUAAAUGUGGUGUACUGAACAUUUCCCGAUUAAUCAUUCGCCAAAACAAAGAAAAUUGAAUCGGAAUAUUCCGUUCUCAUUUCUUGCAGGCACAGCAAAGCUUGUGUUUCUAAUUUUGCUUAGUUGUGCGCCGACAGCAACAAGGUAAUCGCAAGGCACGCGUGACGUCACGACUUGGCAACGGCCGGCACAUUACAUUCCUGCAGCGACGGAAUAGAAUUCCUGGCCGACGUUUGCUUGCUUGACCGUGCACUUAUUCCCGCUAGAAAGACAAAGAGGAUACGAAGUGUUGUGUUGUGUAAUAACUUAAAUAACUGGUAAUUAAAAUUAGGGGAAACCAAUUUGGUAUGCACUUAUUUCGACCCCCAUUGAAUUCCGGUUCAAUUUCAGUUAAAUUUAAUUUUUCAAUACAAAUGAAAACAGUAAAACGUAUAUUAAUCAUAGAAACAGCGUUUUAAAAUUGAAAUUCACGCAAAUUUUGAUUAAGAACUAAAUUGGAAAGCAGAGAAGCAAUAUGGAAGACCAAGAAAUGUUCGUUCUAUGUCGUCAACCUGAAGAAGAAAGGAACUUUCAUGAGCGCCGUCACGGCCCAUGGCAAAGAUUGCUGCCAUGCAGGCAGCACCACCAGCAGCUUCACGAUUUUCAGCCGCAUGCAUUCUGGUCAAAACCGAAGACCGGGCAUCAAAACGAUCAGCGCCCUUUGGGGCCUGAGCGCCAGUGGCAAGCUCACGAAUUACGAAAUAACAUUGAAGAUAAUCAGCACAUAUGGAGAGGAUCAGAUAGUGGUGAACCACAAUAUCUGCAAAUCUUGCAACAGCGUGAAGAUGAACCACAGCAACCGUUCGCUGGGUUACAUGGCGAACACGUCCACAUGGUUGUUCCGGCAUGGCAGAGAUUAACGUAUCGUGAACCUGCUUCUUAUCGUGAUGAGGAUAAUGAAGAUGAUAACGAAAAUGAUAGUGACGAUGAAGAUCAUGGCGAUAAAUAUGACUACUCGCGGACCAUCAACGACGAAGACACCAGAGAUGCCAUGAAUGUAGCGUUAGCGGAGGACGAGGAAGCCUUUGGACAUGAGCGACACAAGAGGAAAUGUUUCGAAGUAGAAGCCGCUGUCAAUGCUGCCAGCGACUCUGAUGAAGAAGUGUUUUUUCCGAGCUGCAAGCGGCAGCGAAUUACACUGGAAGCCGUGGAGCAACUUUUCGCCUCCUUCAGUAUCAGUAAAAGCAAUACAACAUUGCGACCUUCAGCUGCGCACCCCAAUGUUUUUAGCAGGAAAAUCUUGAUGGACUCGAACAAAACCCAUGUAGACGCAUCUUGUGAUGAAAAUAUACCAGAGAGUACAAGUACCAGUGAUCCAGUUACAAAGCCGAUCAAUAUAGACAACAAGAAACCCUCAACUUUAGAGCAGGAAAACAAACAUUUUUCCAACAAUAUCACUAAAGAUGUGUCUCAAGGAGUUACGGCAACAAAAUUCCCUGAUGAAGCCGGCACAGACUACGGAAAUGGAGCUGAGGUGGACCGUUCCCACGUCGAUGAUCCCAAGGAAGGAAACUUGGCAGAUCCGAGCGAAGUGCCUAACAAUAAUGACCAGCGAAAGGAUAACAUUUCGACAGAAAUCGCAAAAAGAAAGAUAACAAUGAACAGUGAGGAGGCUUCCCAUUACAAUCAAGCAAACUGCAACGACCAGGAGAAAAACAGAUUAUGUAACAGCGAAGUUGAUGGCUAUAAAAGCGCGCCCGAUGUCAAUUGCACUUACGUAUCGGGGUUACUUAUUGAGGAAAAUAGAAAAGAAUGCACAAGCAAUUCGACAUCUGAAGGCAGCGAUCAUAAAAUCGUUGCAGAAAAACUUAAAACGGCAGAAAAAUUGCCAGAAAAGAUCAAGAAUUCAAACACAAGAACUCGCAGCGUCAGUGAUGCGGAGGCAGCGAAACGAGUUAUUGUAGAGAGCUGCGAUGCAGCAAAUAUUAUAAGCAGCGGCCAGUUAAAGACUUCGCACUGGGACACGAACAAUACAGACGCAGUGAACAAUAACAGCAAGCGCUGUGCAGACGAAGAAAUUAACAGUGGAGGUGCGACCGUGCAGGGGCACGCGCUGAAGCGAGUCCGCAAGCUCAAGAGCGGCCUACGUCUGUGCAGCAACAUCACGUGCUACAUCGAGCAGGUUCUCUACAACUGUUGAUACAUCACGUGCUACAUCGAGCAGGUUCUCUACAACUAUUGAUACAUCACAUGCUACAUCGAGCAGGUUCUCUACAACUGUUGACACAUCACUUGAAACAUGAACUUUAUCUCAGGAGCGGACGGCGUCUGUGUAGGAUUUGAUACCUAAAAUUAUCGACACGCUUUUCGCACCACUGAAAAGGCGGUUAAAUGCACAAAUUCGCUGCAACUAUGAGAAUUUUCCACUGAAGACGAUUACAAGAGUGGGGAGAAAGAUCAUUCAUGAGCAGCAUUUUGAAAUAUGUAUCAUAGACGUUUCAUUUAUUUCCAUUAUAUUGUUUUAUCAAGCCAUUGAAGUUUAUACUGUGCCUGUGUUGUAAUUAGUUGCAAAUAUAAAAAUUAUACAUCAU